CCCGAUCAUCUCUCUCCACACAACACAACGCCGAGGCGCAUCAACUCUGACUAUUCGGAAUAAAACACACAGACGCCAGGCCUUCCUCGCUCACAGAUUACUUGACCGGAUGGCGGCGCAAGCUCAACGCCCUCAAAUCCAGCCUUGCCGGUACAAGACUGGAAAGACCCUAGGAGCAGGCUCCUACUCGGUCGUUAAAGAAUGCGUCCACAUCGAUACUGGGCGGUACUUUGCUGCCAAAGUGAUCAAUAAGAGGCUGAUGGCUGGUCGAGAGCAUAUGGUUCGAAAUGAAAUUGCCGUCCUCAAGCGUGUCUCAAUGGGACAUCAAAACAUCCUCACCCUGGUCGAUUAUUUUGAGACCAUGAACAACUUAUAUCUUGUCACUGAGCUGGCUCUGGGAGGAGAGCUAUUCGACCGAAUUUGUCGCAAAGGAAGCUACUACGAAGCCGAUGCCGCAGACCUUAUCCGUGCCACACUCUCGGCUGUCGCGUAUCUACACGAUCAUGGAAUCGUGCACCGUGACCUCAAACCCGAGAACUUGCUGUUCCGUACCCCUGAAGAUAAUGCCGAUCUUUUGAUUGCAGACUUUGGUCUAUCUAGAAUCAUGGAUGAGGAGCAAUUCCAUGUCCUUACAACAACAUGUGGGACUCCUGGGUAUAUGGCGCCUGAAAUUUUCAAGAAGACUGGGCAUGGAAAGCCAGUAGAUAUAUGGGCUAUUGGCGUUAUCACCUAUUUCUUGCUUUGCGGCUACACGCCGUUUGACCGCGAAUCCAACUUGGAAGAGAUGCAGGCUAUUCUCGUUGCUGACUAUUCAUUUACACCCCUGGAGCACUGGCGAAGUGUUUCCCAGGAUGCCCGCCAGUUUAUUAAUCGUUGCCUCACAAUCGACCCCAAGGCACGAAUCACAGCUCACGAAGCGCUUCAACACCCAUGGAUCAAUCACGACCCAUCAUUCAAACAAGGAGAAGAUCUCUUGCCUACCGUCAAGAAGAACUUCAACGCCAGACGGACGCUUCACAAAGCCAUCGACACUGUCCGUGCUAUCAACAAACUUCGUGAAGGUGGCGGGCUGAUGAUGGACGGGGCGAUUAGUGUAAACCCUCGACCAGAAAGGGUAGACGGCAAUGAAGUCUAUGAGGAAGGAAGAAAUGCAAACCAGCCAUUGGAUGGCGAUGCGAUGAAAAUUGACUCUCGCAGCAAUGCUAGGGGUCAAACAGAAGAGCAAAUGCGUGAGCAGGAACGUAAGGUAAAAGAGGUGGUGACUGGUCUAUGGAGUAAGACAGCGGGUCAAAGGCGUUGAAAUUUGUUUUCCUUCUAGUGAAUGGAUGAUUAAGCAGGUACAUAAAGGAUAUAGGUAGGGAUGUUUAUUUCAGUUGAAAUUUGAAUUUGGUUCAAAUUUUCCCAUUCGUUUCAUUAUUGGGUUCGAGCAAUUUUUAAUGCGCUUCUAAAUUCGUUCCUGAUCUUUAUCCUCAUUCCAAGUGUUCAGAUGUUAGUGCGAAUACGAAGGCAAAGAAAUGAACUUUGCAAGUUCCACAUGGGUAUGUCUCUUGAAAGGCCAUAAAUUGAAUGUAAUGUUAAGCUUGAAGCAAUACAGACGACUUAAGAAUUUAAGCUACCAAUUACAUAUAUAAGAUCAUGAUCGAAGCAUCGCUAGUCUUGCUUCGUCAGCUUGAACCCAUUUCCUCCAUUCUUGCCA